UAUAAUAGCUUACAUUUGUCAAAGUACGGUUCGAUAUUAUUGAACUGUCAACCGCUUCUGAACGUCUCAAUAAUGGGCUUGUGAUCUUGCCCUCAAUCCCCGCAAGAAGUACGCCCAUGUGGCAGGUAACCAGGCAUCAGACCCAGACACACGCGACACUCGAUUGCCAUUAGCUUCCAAUCUAGUCAUCAAAUGUGCCGGCUAUAUAUCUGUCUAUAUAUCGCCACCACUGCGAUUCGCAGUCCGGUGACAAUUAACGUGGUCAAUCGGCGUGAAAACCAUGUCGAAGUCAUCAUGGAUGAGCCGAGUCGGGCGCUUGGAUCAGUUCAACCGAAGCCCCAGAACGGUGAGGUCGCAAGUUUUCCACAUUCGAGUCCUAACUUAACCAGAUCAGAAUGCUUAUUAAACUGAUACUGGCGUUGGUAAUUGGCUAUGGCGGCAUUUUUGCGCCUGGCAGUGCACAAAAUCUGUUGGAUCGACUGCGUCCGGUGAAUAUGACCCGCUUCGAUGAUGGCAUUAAGGUGGUUUCCGGCACCAAAGUGAAGCGCUACGAGCGCCUGACGGUUCCGCUGGGUGGUCCUGUGGGCAUUCCAGGAGCGGCUGGCCUUUUGGGACCUCUGCUGCCUCCUCAACCGGCUUAUUUGGGAUACACCUAUCAGUUGGUGCCUCAAUGGCAGGCGGGUGCCAAACUGGUGGGCGAUGGCGAAGGAGCGGGCGUGGCCGGAAUGAUAUCCUUUGUGCAGCUGCCCUACAACUCGGAUAUUAAGGUGACGAUCAAUGUGACUGGAUUGCCAGCCGGCAAACAUGCCCUGCAUAUUCACACCUUUGGCGAUCUCAGCGAUGGUUGCAAGUCCACAGGUGGCCAGUUUCCCAAUAACUUUCUCGGUAAUGUGGACACCAAGGAUGAUGGCAGCAUCUCGGCGGUCUUUCAGAGCAUUUACCUGCAAUUGUUCGGCAUCAAUGGGAUCGUUGGGCGUUCCAUAGUGAUACACAGCAAGGCAAUCGAUCUGAAUACUGCCCUAAAUGCAGAGGUAUUUUCCUCCUCCCUGCAAGCCAUGCCAAAUCCCCUGGCCUAUCAGAACGAGGAGAAUUCGCUGGGUGCAGCCAUCGCCUGUGGGGUUAUAAGUAUUAUGAGCACAGCCGCCAGUUCAUCAGGAAUGGCAACGGCUGCACCAGCAGCACCGGCAAUGGAAAAUCCAGAGAUUUAACUUGUAAUUAUA